AUGCCAUCAGUGGUUCUGGAGGUGUCACACCACGUUUUGAUCAAAGUUUCGACGAUCGAUGGCUCAGAGGUCGCAGACGCCAUUCACAAAUUCUCUGCAAGCAUUGACGAUUUCCAGGACCAAACACAUGAUGUCGUCAACGUCCGAAACGCGAUCCGGGACUUCGCGGGCCGCGUGGAGAGUUUCAAGGAGCAAGCUUCGGAAGACACAUCACAGGCUACAGCAGGGAUCAGCGACUUGGAUUCUCAGCUGGGAAGACUACAGGAAACUGUUGCAGUCAGUCGCAACAGUUCGAAGGCUUCAAAGGGCACCGGCGAGGUCACGCAUGCAGUGAAGGGACUAGCAGAUCAGAUGGACGUACUCAAGAACCAAUCGAUGAACGCGAUGAAAGUCGUCAACACCUUGGAGAAGUUCACAGGUCAGGUGGAUGACGUCAAGGUGCCCGGGGACAUCGUGGAUGUUGCUGGUAGUAUCGACAAGUUUGCGGGGCAGAUGGACGCCUUGAAGGAGAAAGCCAAGAGUGCAGAGGAAGUCCAGGCGGCCGUGAAAGAGAUGGACGAGAAGAUCAAAGCCAUGCAAGGAAAGACGGCAGGUGCCCUGGGCGCCACAGAUGGCCUAAAGAAGUUGACGGACGAACUUGAUGCCAUGGAGGCCAAAACUCGGAUAGCAGUGAGGGUGGCCAAUGGUAUCAAAGCAGUCGCCAGCCAAAUGGCAGUUGUGAAGGCCAUGGCCGGAGACACCAUGAACGUCAGCAAAGAAAUGGGUGAGCUAACGACGCAGCUGGACGGGUUGAAGGUGAAAACCGCGGCGGCACUGAAUGUCUCUUCCACCAUCAAGACCUUGACUGAGAAAUUGCAGGUCUUGAAGGUAGCUCGAAGUCAAUCCGAUACCAAGAAAAGCAUGGCCAAGGUGGAGCGCACCAAACAGUUAGCCAGCGAUAUCCAGCAGUUGAAGUAUUCGGUGGAAAUUGCUGCACUCAACGCCGGGGUCCUUAGAUUCCUCGGAGUGACGGUCGCCUUUUGGACCCAAAAAAAACCCGAGGCGGUCCACAGCAUCAACCAAAUGGCGUCACAAGCCAAAGCCCUCAAGGGGAAGGUCUCCAUUGAAGACAUGGUCACCGGUCCGGACAGCAUCAACGUUUUGGCCAUGGGCUUGAAGACGGUCCAGGAGAAGGUGCAGAGUGCCAAUGUGACGGGAGGCCUCCAUCGCCUGGCCCAGACGGUGGGUGCCUUGCAAAAAGACACCUCGCAGGCCAUUGAUGCUUCGGACAGCCUCAAAUCUCUUGCCCAGAAGAUGGAAAAGCUCCAGGUGAAGGCAAAGUCGUUCAAUGUGUCUGGCAGCAUCGACAAGUUGGCCAGCCAUUUGAACGCCCUGCAGGAUGAAUCCGCUGGCUUCAACGUGACAGCGAGCAUCACAGGCAUCAACAAAUUAGGCGGAAGAAUGAACCAGCUGCAGGAAGAGGCACAAGCCGCGAACGUUGGAAAAAACUUGAGCAAAGUAGCCCAUCAGCUGCAGAGACUGAGUCUUCGACCACCUGGCGUCUCCACUCAGGCCCUUCCAAGCCCGGCUUUCCAGUUGGGUGCACCGCUUGCAGCCCCCGCUCCGGUACCAGCCUUCACCACGCCCGUUGCCACGGUUGCUACGGAGUCACCAGCGGUAGCGGCUUUGACCAUAGCAGGGAUGCAAGGGGGAUCUUUCAACAGCGACCGAGAUUUAGAAGGAGACAAGCCAAUCUCCAAGUGGCGAGAAACGAGCAUGAGCCAAGAGGAAUUGCAGCAGCUGCUCCAAAAGCUACCGCCUCUGAAUGUGGAGACCAUGACGCGGGUGCUCAGAACAAUCUUUCUCUGGACUUCUUGGAUACAUGAAGAUGUCGGACAUGCGUGGGCCUCCUUCGUUUACAAUCCCAUUCACACACCUGGCUUUGUGCCAGAGGAUGGACGAGGAAUUCCCUCGCCGGCGCUCGUCUAUAGGGUGGCCAUGUUUCGGAACUUCGUGGCGUUGGAGAGGAAUAAGUUGGUGGAUCCCAUAGACAGCAAGAUGUUCUCCACCACCAUUUGCAACCCGGUGGUGGGGCCUUACUCCUGGACCUCCUGUCAGAACGAAGUGGAUGGAGUUCUCGCCAAUGCCUUCACAACUUUCCAGAAGAAACUCAGGCAGUUGGGGCAACAAGAAGUCUUCGCUGAGUUCGCGCAGCACGGUCUUUUCAGUCGGGUAGACGAUGUGGAAUCCUCCGCAUCGAGUUGAGCUGGGGGUGUCCCUGAUCGAUACUAAUCCAUCCCCC